AUGAUAGACGAUACCGUGAAAGCCAUGCGGGUCUUAUUUAAGGCUCAUGAAGAAAAAAAGUAAACUAGAAGUAUUAAACUUACUCGACGAGGUGGUACACCAGUUACUUGGUUAAAGAUAUUUGAAGAAGUUUAUUCUUGGUACGACGACUUGUUAGGUACUGGUACUAGCAGGAGCUACAUUCUUACGACGACCUUAUAGGUACAGCUAGCAGCUACCGAAGAACACUCGCCAGUUCUCGCUCGGAUCUGUUCUUCUAAGUUGUACGCCGAAGUAAUCAUGUACUACAUGCCCUCUGACAAAGAAGCAGACAGUCUGCUUGGUCCUUUUUUCGGGGCAUCUGAAGAUAAUCCGCAACCGUUUCGGACGAUUCUCUUCAGUUAAGGAAAAGGGGAGACACCAUGACCACACAGACACACCAACACAUCAGGUAUAGACGCUUCAUUGGUCCUUGGAAGAGUGAGUAAAGCUCGUCUCCACAAUAAAGGAAGAGGCUGCUCGUCUUCACAAUUAUAUAUACAUAGAUGAUUCGAGGGGCCAAGAACUUCUACUACGCGACUAGUGAAAAAUGACACCUAUUUAAUUUUUACCACCAGCCGGUUAGUUUUUUCCUUCAAAAUUCAUCUUUUUCUCGAAAGUCCUCACAUCACGGUAAGAACUAUACUCCGUCUAUCUUUUGCUCAGGAGUCCUUGAGUAAACCAAGAACAGACUUCAAAAUCACGCUCCUGGUCACAAAAAAUUAUAAUUCAUCUUUUUCAGACUGUGACGGGUGCUUGAUCAUCCUUGAUGAAAAGUAUGACUCCUUCGUUGUAUCUUCACAGGGAUGAAAUGCAAAAGCAUGCUGGAUAUCUCAGACGAGGAGAAGUAUUUUUUGCCUGUCGUGAUCAUAGUUUGUUAUAUUUAGACAUGACCACCGUCUUCGUCUAACACAUUACCUUCAAAGAGGAGGAGUUACUGCAGAAACAAAAUGAUAUGUCUCGUCUCAACGAGGAGCUAACCAAAACCAUAGAGACACGAGGUGGGUUAUGGCACAAAUGCAAAGAGAAGGGGGGCGCCGGGUGAACUAUCGUUAACCUAAAGUUGUUUAUCUCUUCUACUCUGACUGUCUCGCGAGCACUAGUAUCUAACUGAGUGACUGACCGAGUACUACUAAGUAAGGCUCUUGUAGAAAUACAUUGUCAUAUUUAUGAUCUAGCAGGGCGAGUGAAGCUAAUGCUAUUAAACAACCCACAGUCUAAUCCCCUCCUCUGCUUUUCGGACUGUACAGCCUCCUGAUUGGGUUUGCUACUCUUACUUCUAGCUUCCCUCUUAAAGAAGCUACUUGAAUUUCGGCCGUUACCCUAUAAAAAACCAUGCAUAAUUCACAACCUCUCUACCGGUCCUAGUCUCUACUUUUUGUCUGCUGUCAACAAUAUUAUGAGGCUCGCAAAUGAACGUCUUGUCAGCCAAGACACAAAUUAACGCCAGCAAGCGUGCCCUUCAGCAGUGCGUAGUGGUUUUGAUCUCCACGACCCCAAGAUCUUGAUUCCUUACUCUAUUAUUCUUCUCCCUGACCUCUUUCCAUCAUCUAGGAUCUAUAAUCUCUACACAGCCAAGGCCUUGACUGCAAAAGUAGUUGACCCCGAAUAUAAGUUCAGUCAGCGUCGCGUGCUCAUUCAAAAUCUGCUGUGGAGCAGGUGCUGAUAGAUUAAUCUUGAUUCCCUAGUGCUAGUAUAAUUAACUAAGUCUUUCUUUCUAAUCGAGAAAAUAAAGAAGGACAAACCUGCUGCGAAGUCUUCCAGCGAUGGACGAGCAAAACAACCUGCAGUGCUGUUAUGCACAUAGUUACUACAACUUACUACCCGUGAUGAAUGGGUCGUAUGGGUUCACAACUACGAGGACUACUAACCCACUUAAAGUACAUUCAUGAUAAAUUCUUUUUCUUGAUGUAGGGUGCAAACAAUAUUUAUUGUUGUAAAUGCUGAAAGUCAUCUUCUCCAAGAUAUAUGGCCUUGUUAGAAUAUAAGCUUAUGCAGCAUAUGCAUAUGCUGAAGUAGACACAGCUAAGUACACUCGAAGACAUUCGAUAAGAUGCUUAAGUAUAAGCACGUAGUUCUUCAUGUUUUGGGUAAGCAUAGCGAGCAAAUCUAACCAUAUCCUGAGGUAAAUGUAGCUUGUUAAAUUUUGAUUUACUUUUAGUGAAUCAUAUCCUAGUAGCUUGUUGGAAUAUUAAUACUUUUACUUAUAGAUACAGUUGUUAAGCAAAUUCCGCGAUCUAGGGAAGCUCCUUAAAGGUGUGCCAACCUUAUGGAGCUCCCUUCAGGACCCUUCUCUUAAUAGGGUUGGCUUACGUAGGCCCCCCCUUAAGGAAGCGGCUAGCGCAGAAGUUGCGACAGCUAUGCUGACGGAAGCAGCUGGCCAGCCCGUGGCCUCUAGGCUAGGGAGCUGCCCAGGGGCUUCUGUGCUAGCUGGCCAAGCAAGGCCUCACUCUGAGCGAGCUGGCUGAGGCUUCUGAGCUAGCUCGCCAUGGCUUCUAAGCUCGCUGCCCGUAGCUUCUGAGCUGGCUGGCCAUGACUUCUAAGCCACAUGGGCAGGGCUUUGGGGCUCCCUUCCCAGGGCUUCCAAGCUGACUGGCCAGGGCUUCUAAGCUAUCUGGCCAGGGCUUCGGAGCUACCUGGCCAAGGCUUCGGAGCUAGCAAGCUGGCAGGAACGGUUUCUGAGCUAGUCAGCGAGCCAGGGCGUUCAAGUUCAUUGCUUGGCCUCCCAGUAGCCUAGCAAGCUGGCCGCCAAGGCUUCAGAGCUAGCUGGCCAAGGCUUCAGAGUUAGCGGGCCCAGGCUUCAUAGCUAGCCGCCCCACGCUCCUGAGCUAGCUGCCCGACCUAGGUAGCUGGCCAUGGCUUCAGAGCUAGCCAUGGCCAUGGCUUCCAAGCUGGCUGGCUGCGGCUUUAAGCUAGCUUGCAAGGGCAAAGGCUUCGGAGCUCGCUCACCAUGGCGCCCAAGCUAGCUGGCCACGCCUUCGGAGGCCAGGGCUCCCAAGCUAGCUGGUCAUGGCUCCUGAGCUAACUCGCCAUGGCUUCCAAGCUGGCUGGCCAUGGCUUCUGAGCUAGCUCGCCAUGGCUCGCAGGCUUGCUAGCUGGCCAUGGCUUCUCUCUGAGCUUGCUUGCCAUGGCUUCCAGGCUAGCUGGCCACGACUUCUGAGCAAGCUCGUCACUUCUUCCAAGCGGGCAGGCCAUGGCGUUCAAUUCAGCUGGCCACAGCUUUUGAGCCCGCCGAGGCCGAUCGUGGCGCCCAUUGGCUUCCCAGUAAGCAAGUUGGCCAACGCUUCCGAGCUAGCUAGCCAUAGCAGGGGCCAUCUUACUAGCCUCGCCACAGUGGGAGCCAGGUUGCCCGCCUUUAUUCCAGCCUUGGCUGGCGGACUUGGCGACUUUUUUCGUUUCUCUUUCUGUGUCUAGCAUAGGUUAAUGCCCAGCGCGGCGGGCCCUUGAUGGGCCCGCUUUCUGGGCAGGGCAUGCACAUUUAGUGAGUGCUCCUUCGACUUGAAUGUGAACCCUUUCUAACCAUGGCGGAGGAGGUCGUGGACGUGGACGUGAAGGAGGUUGACAGCCGUGGUCGUGAGGAUUUUUGCGCUGUCUUCGUGGGAAAGGAAAAUUAAGGAGAAAUGGAUACUGUUAAUUCUGUCAUGAUCAUCUUCAGCUUCAUGAUGUGUUUCUUGGGGAGCAGGAGCACAAGAAAGCCGCGUGAUGCGUGAUGGGCAAGCAUAUACUUCAGUACUUCUUGACAUUUCGGAGUUGAGCUAGGAGCUCGGGGGGCUCAAUGUGAAGCGAGAAUCCCCAACCUAAGCUCACCAGCGACUCUUUGAGCCAACAACUACUCAAUGUGAAGGAUCGCCAACCUAAGCUGAACAGUGACUCUCUGUGUCCUAGCGCCUCUUGUUAGGACUCUCUUGCUUUCGCCUCGCGCGUCGCUGGGCUUCAGACUCCGCCUGUGGGCCGUCUGCAGGUCAGGUCGGUGGAUAGCCGUCCAGAAUUCUCGCGCUAGUAUAAUAGUACCGGUAUGCAUAGUAUAAGCAAGCCUUAGCCUCGCGAAACUCUUAAGAGCCUCCCCUAAGAGGCUUCCUUCAGGAAAUGGCACGCCUUAAGGAAUUCUGAUGAUACAAAGUUACUAGAAGUCUCCCUUAAGGACCAAUUUUGCUCCUUAAGGAGAACUUCUGAAGGGGCACUUGUAGUACACUUAGGCUAAUAGUAGGCCCCUCCCUAUGGGCCAGCUUGCUAGCUUAGUCAUCACCAGCUUGCUAGCGUGGCCAUCGCCAGCUUACUAGCUUGGCCAUCGCCAGCCUGCUAGCUUAGCCAUGGCUGCGCAAGCCUGCUAGCCUAGCCAUAACGGUAGCCAGCUGGCUCGCCUAGCCACAGCGACUGCCAGCUUCCUAGCUUAGCCAUGGCCAGUGUGCUGCUGGCCUUUUCGGGGCCAGCUUGUCUCCGCGUUUCUGCUGGAUUCUCGUGGAGGUCACGGGAAUUCUUGUGAAUUUGCGCGACCUCCCCGGCAUUCUUGGAAAAAGACACAGCAGACAGAUUGUAGCCGCGCAAUUCAUUUAACGUGGAAGCACGCUGUCCGUCGAAACUAACAAAGCGGCGCGCGUCACUAGCUUGGUGACAUAGCGCCUUUCUACUCCGUUGGUAGUUGCUAACCUAUGCCCAAUGCAGCGGGCCCUUGAUGGGCCCGCUUUCUGGGCUUGUCAUAUAAAUAGGAAUAAUAAUGGUUAAGUGAGGAAAAAGAAGCACUUCUUGUUCCGUCCUCAUCAUGUUGAGAGAGUGACUCACUCAACAUAUUCGUCUCCAUGUGUAUGGGGUAACACUAUGCCAAAAGCGAACCUAGAAGAGUGGCCUUUUACCCAAAAAACGCACAGAAAGCCCAGGGAUCAGCUGGGCAGGAUUCGGCUCAAAAUGGAAAAUCUUCACUCUGAGGCGCAUAACGUACAAAGAAGCGCUUUUUUUCCGUUUUUUGUACUUUAUUAAUUCGUCUCAGAAUGAAAAUCUUUCAUUUUGAAACGAAUACUGCCCAAGCCCAGCUGAUCCUUGGGCUUUAUGUGCGUUUUUUGGGUAAAAGCCAAUUUUCUUCGUUCGCUUUAUUUGGCAUAGUGUUUGUUACUCCAUGUCCAUGUGCUCGCUGAUGUCAUAAUAUUAAUCGUCCUCGUGGGAGGACAACGGCGGCGAGUAGUACAGUAGUUCUACGACCUCAAAUAUUUUAUUCUUCUUCUAUCUUGUAUCCCUUCCUGUCCUCGCGUUCUUCCUUUUCUUGUAGUUGUAACUUGUAGUAGAAGUUAUACUAGGUAGUCGUAGUUGUUGAUUUAGCAAUCAUAUCAGGUUGUACGAAGUACUGGAAGAUUGAUAGAGAUACUGCUCUUGUAAUAUUUAAUAGGUUGUAGUGUUCCACCAAGAGCAAGAUAGUAGCUUGUAUCCUUUCCAUUUCUUGUUGUAGUAUCUUGUAUCCUUUUCUGUUGUAGACCUUGUAGUUGCAUCCUUUCAGCCUUUUGUAGUUGUAGUACCUUUACCUAUACCUCGCGAAUAGCUAAAUCAAUCAAUCAACCUUGUUGCAUCCUUUCAUACUGUUGUAGAAAGUCAUCUAAUGUCAGCCAGUGCCGACGAUGGAGGACUUAGAAAACGGGAGUCCGAGUGGCGUUCACCCUGAAUGGCACAACAUACAGGAAUACAAUCCGUACAUGCAUGGUCUCUUUAAGGGUUCCCCCAUUGCAUCCUGUACUAUCCUUCCCGACCUGUUUCCCAAUAGGCAAGCAAUCAGGGAUGUUUUGAAGAAUGCAAUGCCGCAACCACUAAUCUCUGCGGAAAUUAUGAGCCGAGAUUGGCCUACUAUAAUAGAAGCAAAGUUUUAACACUCACUCCAUGGCUUGACUUUUGUUUAUUUACCAUACGGGGACCACCCAUGAGCAUAUUGCUCUAAUGAGUUACGGGGUACACUAUCCAUGAGCAUGAGAACAUGAAUGCCGCACCGAUGACUGCAGAGGAGCGAUUCAUAUGCGCGCAGCGAUUGAUCUUAAGGCCAUCUUCCUUUUGUAUUGUUGUACUACGACUGUACCUAGUAUUUUACAGGCUAUUAAGUAAGUACGGUGCUUCUUUGACUCCGUUUCAGUCUUGUUGUCUCUUCUACCCCCUCACAGGUGAGCCCACUCCUAUCCUGUCCUCCUCCUCCUUCGAAGUAGGUGGACUACUUCAAUCUACUUGUUGCGUAAAAAAUCGUGCUCUCCUCAAUCCUGUGCACUGUGUGCAGCCUGGCUGCGGCGGGGAACCCUAAGCCCUGCUCGUUGCUUCUUCUAUUUUCAGCUUCUAACUUCAUGCGAUCCUACAGAUGACAAGAUCGAGUACCUCCUUCCGAAGGAGAAGGCAGCCGAAGAUGAGGCGUGGUCAUUUGAACAUUAUGAAGGGGCACAGCAGUAUGAGCAGGUCCACCGGACAACACUGGGAUCACCGUUUCGGCGUUCUCGGACUACAAAAAAAACGUCCUGAGGAUUCUCGUGGAACUCUUGGAGGAUUCUCGUGGGAAAGAGUGCUGACAAUCUUAGUGGAGUUUGGUUUGAGAAUGUCAUCUAGCCAUCAUCAUCAUCAUCAUCGUCAUCCUCUCAUCUUCAUUAUCACCAUCAGCAUCAGCACCCUCUCAUAAUUAUCACCAUCAGCAUCAUCUUCGUCUUCGUCCUCUCAUCAUUAUCACCAUCAGCAUCAUCUUCGUCUUCGUCUUCAUCUAGAGUUAUCUUUUAGUCAUGGCCAUAGUCUACUCCCCUAGUAGAGAUUUGGAGUCUGCCUUUAUUGUCAAGUAGAUAAAUGGUUUUUUACGCGGAUGCCUACAUAGGCACAGCUUAAACUUACCCACUUGUUCUACUACAAGACUGGGUCCGGCGUGAAGUAGAUACCAUCAUGUUGGGUACAAGAACACCUUUUUCCCUUCUCGUAGCUAGGCGAGCCCGCUCCUAUCAUAUGCUAUCCUAAGUCCGAUUAUGAUACCUCCAGGCCGGUUAUCCUAAUUAGCAGUGAAAUAACUUCUAGCACUCUGAGAUUUUAGUACAACAAGUCUUUUCGUACUAGAAGAAAAGAGAGACAACUUCUAGCUAAGUAAAGAGUUGUCUUAUGCUCAUAACAGCUAACUGUAACAACAACAAGAACAACAACAACUUUAAUCAGCCGUGGAACUAGUACAACUACAGUAAGUACAACUACUAUAACUAUAAUGAGACUGAUUUAAGUACAAGAACAAGAACAACAAGAAAAGUAGUAGAGAUAGAGAGACCACUCUUCUAAGGAACAGUGAAACUUGUACAAGGAGACGGUCAUACGACGGAAAAAAAGUUGCGGGAUGGGCACCCGCUUACAGUGUGGGACGCGAAGCUGACGAUCCGAAACACUUGGCAAAAGGCCGCUAAGAUGUCACAUGAAACAGAACAGGCAAAGUACGCAGUCAAGUCAAAACAAACGUGGAAGAGGGAACCCGAGCCAGCAAAGACGGAGCCGGUACUAUCUAUUUUCGUGUGUGAGGUAGCAUCGUGCUGAACAUGUACGCCGCCUCUAAGGCAGUCUGCGUUGAACUUUGUGCGAGAUUUGUUGUAUUGCGUUGUAUUGAAUAACUGUCGCUUGAUGUUCCACUGUUGUAAAAAUACUGAGAAAGUAAGCUAGUACUCGAAAAGAUGUUGAGAGCAGAUCAUGAAAUGGAGUAGAUAACUGAAAUAAAAGUAGAGUCACAGCUUUUACUUUUCUCUUCUUCCUUCCAGUAACUCGCUCAGUUCAAUUUUUCGAAAUGACUUCCUACCACUUCUAGCAGUUUAUAGCUGCACGCAUGGCGCAUGGAGUGGCAUGGAGUACAUGGAGCACCUGCGCCAUUCCCACGCAUGGAGUGCAUGGGGUGGCCGCGUGUCACGCAUGGAGUGCAUGGGGCACGAGGUGGCGCGCUAGCCUCUGCCAUCAGCCGCUCCCCUCCUGUCGAUCGACGGAGCAGCGGCGCAACGCAAAAGCGGCCCACGACUGAGAGGCCCUCCCCCCUCGCCUGUCCGCUUUCUAUGGUUGCGGACCCAGUAGGGGACGCGGACGCCACUGUGAGUCUCGGGCCGUUCCCGCUUGAGAGCCCGGCCUUCGACGAGCCCCCCCGGCCUCCGGUUCUGCGGGGUACAUGCAGGAAAGGCGCCCCUUCAGCCCGGCAGACCCCGCCAAAAGGGGUCCCGCCGGGGCUGAGAGGUUCCCCCCUCGCCUUCUUAGGUCGGGGAUGGGUAUUGCGCCCUGGUUGAGCCCUGGGACACACAUACACAGCCCCUCUUCAACUUUUUGCAUGGGUCACCCCCGUGUGAUUGCCUAGAGCGGUGCAGCAGUAGCAAGGCUUGCUCCGGAAGAGGAGCGAACCUCCCGAGGAUGCGACUUGCUGGGCCCUUUGCCGAAAUUUCCGCGCACCGAAGUACCUGGCAACGACCACCAGGGGCAGCAAUGUGCGUCAGGGCGCCUAGACCUAUGUAGCAGCAAGCCCGCCCGGACUGCCGGCCAGUGUGGGCGUGGUGCUUCGUCCUCGAGUCGACCGCCCCGUCGUCUGAUCGUUGCAGUACAGGUCUGCAGUGGACGAGUCUCGGGCAAAGGGGUGCCCGAAGGGCACCCCGCAAAAUUUUCACGCAUGGGGUGCAUGGAGUAGGAGUGGGGGCUGGCAAGAUUCUUGCCACUCCAUGCUACUCCAUGUGAUCCAUGCACUCCAUGCCAUGCACGCCAGAAAAGCUUAUAAAUUAUUCUGUAAAUCUAUGUCUUGAAAAAUGUUCUUGGGUUAAUUAUAAGAACUACUAUGCACAUCAACUUGUAGCACAACUUUAAGUGCCCCCGUCUGGUCAGUUGUUCUGUUCAACUCGGCUCACUUGAUCUAGUUCAAACAUGAGAAACAAGCGGGGGUAGCUUACAGACUGAAAUAAGCUGCAAGGUAGUAGCUUUACUACCAGGCUUCAAGACUUCUUCCUUGUCCUUCUAUCAAAGGUCGCGAAACCACGGCAGUCCAAAGUGUACGAACAGGCGCAACAUCGUGCGCGCAGUGUGGCGCAGGCUCUUCUCAUUUACGACCACGACUCGCGUGGUGGCUGAGGAUAUUAUCUUAUUUCUUUCUUGGAUAGAAAUGUUAACAGCGCCAGAAUUUGCGAGUAAUAUCAACAAAAUAAAGGCCGCAUAGAUAUGAUUACUUCUUCGGAGAACUAUUCAAGUUCAGCGUCCACCUUGUAUUUUAUCUUCUUUAGCAACGAACGAACUUCGGGAGGACUACUAACAGACGAGUCUUUUUUAGACUCAUCUGUCUAUUUCCUUGCGUCCUCCAGCUCCAACUGAAGAUCCUAGACAGCUCACCCAAAUUUACAGUACUAGUACUUAGACAGCUCCUUGUCCUCGUUGAUCAACUUCAUAGCUUAGACCCUCGUUUGGUAGGUCUUCAAAUCGGAGACAAUUGACAUGACAGAGCUUGUUCUUCUUCUUCCUCUAAUGUACGAUUUGCAGUGAUUGGUCUCAGUUCCAACGUCUCACACUGGAGGAAGGCAAAGUGGCCUUUGAGCAGCUACAGCGAAUUUUCGCAAUCGGAACGUCUUCAGCCAGCUUAAGAAAAUAUGUGUAGUAAUUAGAAACUAGUCGUGACCCGAGUGUUUAGUUGCUAAGAGGAAAGGCGAGGACGACAGAGAAAGGAGGGCAACACUGCUAGGGACUGGAAGAAGAGCAGAGAAGGGCGGUCGGUGGAGGACAAAGUGCUACAGCCGCCGCAAAGUGGCCGCCCGGGCGCGUCAGCGAAUUGCCGUGCCGUUCAGUAUUUUCUGCGCUUUGGGAGCCCUUACAAGGACAAAACGCGAACCGCGUGCGCGUUUUAUCCCGUUAACGUCUCGCAAGGUCCAAACGGGGAAAAGGCGCCAGCCCGCCGCGGACAAGGACGCCGGCAGCGCCCCUACUCUGGGGGUUUCAAAUUCCCCGGCUGGGGAACCUGCUCAGGGGAGGCACGCCGUCCGCCUUGCAUGGCUUGAGGCCUUGCGGCGUGUUUCUUCUCACCCUCCCUCGGCGGGUUCGCUCUGGCUGUUCGUUUCCCAAGCCUUGAGAGGCGCAAACCUUGCGAGGCGCAAACCUUGAGAGCGGCAAACCCCGAGAGGAGCAAACCCUGAGGGCGCCUGAGGAUGUCCACCCUGGUACGCUAAAAGUGAGAGCGCAAAAAACCCAAACCUUUGAGCCUUGAAACUCUGAGGUGAAAAAUUAACGAGGGGGCAAACCCUGAGGCCGAGGCUUUGGGCUUUUUCUGCUGUUUGGCCUGCUUUGAGGGCCAAAACCCUGGGGGCGGUCCAGUGCUUUGGCCCUUUUCCGCGCGCGUGAACUGUCGGCAGCCUCAUGAGUGCUCGCCCCACAAACUCUGCAGGCUUUGGCCGUCUGGCUGCGUCGCCCGCAGCGACCGCAAACGCGGCCGAGAUACCAGCGGCCUCACCCGAGCAAACACCCCGCGCGCCUCUGCCGUUCAUCGAGCGCUCCUUUGCCCGGUGCAAGCCAUUCGUGGGACAAAUGAGCGCGCACGCGAUGCGCCGUUUUUCGCGCUCGCGUACGUCCCCACGCUUGCCUCUGCUCUUGUGUGAAUCUCUUCUGAGCUUGUGGCGUGGUUUCGAUCGCUCCAAAUUUCUGCCGCUUGCUUGUGAGCUCGCGGCGCCUCGUAUCAGCAGUCGUCAUUUGUCGUGUACAGUCACUAUAUGGAUUUGCGGAGCAGCUUUGUUUCUUUUUGAGGCCCGACAGGUGGCGCCUCCGUAUACCCAUCCAGGGCCAUGCACAACCAAGGACGCCUACGGCCGCACGCCGUGCAGCGUGCUUGUAAAUUAUCUCCGCGGGGCUUAAGAUGGCGCUUCUCGGCCGCGCGCGAUGCUUUGGAUCUCUUCUUGUUCGUGUUCUUACACUGAGAGCGGCCAUUCUUGUGAGGCGUAAACCCUGAGACCUUCUGAGGAGGUCUACCCUGACACCCUAAAGAUGAAAGAUCCAAAAGGCUCAAAGCUUUGAGUUUUGAAGCUCUGGGGUAAGGGCUAAGGAGGUAAACCCCGAGGCCAAAACCUUGACACUUUUCCGCUGUUUGGUCUACCUUGAGAAGCGAAACCUCCAGGGAGGUGCAUAGCCCUGGCUUUUUUUGUGGCCGUGAACUGUUUUCGGCUUAGCGGCUGCCCCACAAGCUCUGCAGACUCUGCCUGCCUUUCGUUUCCUCUAAACCCUGGAGCCUUAUUUGGCGCUCCUUAAAGCCCUGACUUUAGACCUCGACUGUUGCCGAUUCUUAUCUAAGAGAAAUGUGCGACGUAGUUGUAUCACUACUUCUGAAGAUAUUCCUCAAAACCUAAAACCUUGAAGAUAUUCCUGUCUACUGAAUAUGUCGUGUCUUGACUUAAAUCUAUAUCACAUGCGUAUCUUCACUCAUGGCUGAGACUGUAUCACUUCUUGUGGCAACUUAAUAUGUUGUGACGUAUCCCUAAAUCUAAAUGCAACAUUAAAUUUACAGAGUUUCGUGGGGUACUAGUCCUACAACUCCUACUCCUACUUCUACAUAAGCAACAUAAGGCUACUAGAUCAACUACAUCAGGCUACUGUAAGUAAGAAGUACUCUAUAAGCACUAGAUCAAAUACAUCAGCAGGCCGCUCUUGCUCUAAGGAAAGCGGUGCAUGUGGCUGAGGUGGAGAAUAUCCGACAGCCAGUAUUGCACACGCCCUAUGCUUUUUGGCUCUUUGUGCAAGAAGUGGCUGCGAAGGUUUGGCUUAAGAGGAACAUUCCAGAAUUUGGACGGCAAGACGACGACACCUUUAUGGUCUUCGCGGUCGAGUAUAAUUAGUGUCGUUUUUUAGUUUGAUGUCCAUUAGUCGCGUUGGGUUUUUGUUGGGACACCCGAACACGCCCAAGCGCACUCCGAAGCUCUUGAGAGCCGCCGGAUUUGAUACUGAGGCCAUGGAACAGAAAAGCAAAGGCGAUCAGAACGGGCGCGCCGCGUGGUCACUGACUUGGUAAGGCCUUGGAAUGGUAUCAGAACAGAAUGGGCCCGAUGUCAUUGACAUACCAUGAAGGGCCACGGUCCAGCUAUUGGCUAGGAGGGUCAUGCUGCUCAUUCAUCUGCAUAGCGUCCACGCUGUUAGCUGCUCCCUAUCAUCUAGGCCCUCACGCUGUAUCUGAAAGGGCUGCAAGCGUCUAAGACCUGGAACAGAAUAGGCGCCACCAUUCGGGACGCCGUUGAGUUCAUUCCACGACCUUACCAGGAACCAGCGACGGAGCAAGACAGGGAACGGCGUAAGCGUAAUCAUGAUCAAGGUGACGAGUGGGCGCAGUCGUUCUCGUUGGCAUUCAAAUCAGGCACACCACAUGCGUAGGAUCUAGGGCCAGCAAGUGCCAGGGGCUGACAGUUUUAGCAUUCGCGUAACCGUAGCCCAUCCUUGGCGUUCGCGUUGGUUCAGUUUGUUUAUAGUUGUGUCCAUUAGUUGCGUUUAGUUUUAUCACCGUAGUCCACCCUUUUCUUUUGCAUGAUUAUAUUAGUAUUUAUAGGGUAAGGGUUAGCAAUAAUUUGCGAAAUCCUUAAGAGACUCCUUUAAGUGGCUUCCUUAAGGAGAACCCUUUUCCUUAAGGAAUUUCUAUUACAAAAAGUUAUUAUAACUUUCCUUAAGAGAAAAAAAAUUCCUUAAGGAAGCUCCUUAAGGAAAAGUUGUAAUAGCCCUUGGCUAAUAUUAGACCUUUCCUUAAGGGAUUCGCAAGGACUCGCAAGGCUCUCUAAAGCCCUUGCGCUGCUAGUGCUACGAGUGGAAAGGCACCGCGAACAUGUUAACGCGUUCGCGGCUGUUAGUUUGUAGGCUACUCACGUACCCAGCCACAUCUGCAGCAGGACACUACGCGCCCACCCCUAGCGAAUCGCCCCAACGAACUUCCAGCCGCUACCCUUGUUAUUUAUCGCCCAGCGCCUUUACUUUUUUCCAAAAACUUCAGGGAGGUCAUUCAAAUACAGAGAAAACGGAACGACCUCCCUGAAGUUUUUGUAAAAAAGUUAGCCCGCUCCCCUUCCGCGACAACCUUCCGCACACAGCAAUCGACCACAGGAGCGCGCGGCAGCCCUUGGAGAUGGUUAACCAGUAUACUUCUAACCAGCUCACCAGGGUCCACCCUUCAGCCAUGCAAGCCCUCACGGCUAUCAUUCUCACAGGCAUCGACAUCCUCAACGGCUUCGACUUUCACACACAGCGAUGUAUAUCGUUGGCCUUCUCAUGGAUAUGAUGAUGCUCACCAGGGUCCACCCUUCAGACAUGCAAGUCCUCACGGCUAUCAUUCUCACAGACAUCGACAUCCUCAACGGCUUCGACUUUCACACACAGAGAUGUAUAUCUCUGGCCUUCUCAUGGAUAUGAUGACGCUCACCAGGGCCCACCCUUCAGGCAUGCAAGUCCUCACGAAGCCGCUGAGGGUGUCACCUCCCCAGCCUUCCCUUCUUUGACACAGUGGGAGCCACCUUCCCAGCCUUGGCGAGCAGACUUGGCGACUUUUUUCGUUUGUCUUUCUGUCUCUUAGUAGUCAAUCUGUCUAGUUGUUAACCUAUGCCCGGCGCAGCGGGCCCUUGAUGGGCCCGCUUUCUGGGCAUGUAUUUAUAUUGUAGAGGCCGUUUAGUUUUGUCCACGACGCCAUGUUGUCCACCCUUGACUCAACAUCCUGGAGCAACGCUUUUGCCCUGUGUUCGCAUGAAACACGACUACAAGGGGAAUGCAAAUAGUUGUGUUGUUAUUUUACGACUCUAACAACGCAGCCAGCAGUUUUUUGGCUACAUCAUCGUCCAGUAGCCAAGGAAGCCAAGAAGCGGACGCCAAGAAGAAAUUCUUUCAAGACGAAGUGCUCCCCGCUAUCUUAAGAAAGAAUCACUGUAGAAGAAAAAAUGCGUCUAGACAAUGAAUAAAGUCUGUCAUCUUCUGGAAGAAAAUGAGCCUCCAACGUGAGUCCAGUCAUCUGAAACUGGAAAAAAAUAUCAACAAAAAAGACAGCAGAAGUUUCAUCUUUAUGAUCGUAGAUGAUAGGUGAAUGAGAAUGACUUUCUUGUCCUACUUUAUUUCAGAUGCAGCAAUGUUCAAGUUCAACAUCAUUCGUUCUUUCUCAGAAGAUGGAUUUCCAUUUCCUACCCCGCUCUGAGGUAUCAUGAUAAUUUUAAGAGUCUAAUUUCAAUGGGCCCCGACGAAAAUCGGGGAGAAAAGCAAGAACGCGACCAGUUGGAGGGCUUCUUGGACUCGGUACGAGACGAUGAAGAAAAAAGGAAGCCUCAAUGGUCGGUCACUGCCAAGAGCCAACGUUUUUUAGGCCCCUUGGUCUUCGAAUAUUGUAGUUCUUGAAGCAUGUUUAACUCUAAAUUAUGUUAUUUGUUAUCGUAUUUCUUGACUCCCAGUUAUCGUACAAACUUAGACUUAUCCCGUGCAACAAUUAUCGUAUUUCUUGACUCUUCUCUCAGUCAAGCUUACCAGUUAUUACCAAGUCUCAUCUGUGAAAUAGUUUUUUUGAGUAUCUGAGGUAGGGUAUCAAGGUUAUUAUCAAGUAAUUUGCCAAUCGGAAAAAACAAAAAGACACCAGGGACAUCAAGUCAAAGAAUUAGAAUAGGCUGUUCUCAUCUCCAGCACCUACUACGUCUAUCUUUCUACUUAGCUAGGAUGUUCUCUCCUACCUUCACGUUUUAGGUGUUUCUUCUCUAAUCUUUGGCUGUUCUCCUGGCGUGGUAAUUCACCAUUUUUCACCAAUCUUGGCUUGUGCACUCCAGCACAUGCUAUCCCUCACACAAACCUCAACUUAUGGCCCCCCGUCAAGAAUGAAAAUUGUAACUGCUUGGAGAUGUUGGAGUUGGAGAUGUUACAGUUGGACAACACGGCACAUAGAAAAUGAGUAGAGCAUACACUGUGUACUUUUCUACCUCAACUACACUGUAGAGAAGUCGUAGUUUUCACCUCAACACUUCUCUAGUACUAUAGAUUUAGAUAUGAUACUACUACUCUACCACGCACAGUAGAGAAGAAGGGAACUACUUCUAGUAGAAAUGUUAUGAAGGCUCAUAGUAGUAGUACUCGUGAGUUCUUUCGAUGUAUAGUGGAUUAUAUAUCUCCUACAUCAGUAGUUCCCUUCUUUUCUACAGUGUUGAGAGUAGUAGCUACUGGAGAGAAGUAGUAGCUCCCACCUCAACACUGUAGAGAAGUAGUAGUCUCCACCUUACUCAGGAUCUGCCCUAGACAUCAAGUAGUUUCCACCUACUCCUUAGGUCACGAGUAUGUGAGUCAUUCAUAUACGGAGAUGAAAGGUAAGGAAUUCGACGGGGCUCUAGUACUUACUCGUCCUAGAAGUAACCGAGCUACAACUGAAUGAAAACAGGGACGACGAGACGAUGGAGCUUAUUUAUUAGAACAGGGCUAUUCUUGCUUCAUCAGUCGGCUCCUUACUUCAGAAGCAAGCUCUUGCUCUAAUCUAUCGCUGGGGUUUAUGAUGUUUUUUAGUUUUUACUCCACUUCACCAUCUUCUCUUACUUUUUCACAUAAUUUUUCCUCAUCUUAACAAGGUACUCCUAGUCACUCAGUUCUCUGUGUUUAGUUGCAGUUUACGGCGUUAGCUCAAGUAGUGCGUACUGUUAUUAGAGCAGGGCUUGGGCUAUUCUUCCUUGCUAAAGAGUACUUAGUUGGCCCCUUUCUUCAGGAGCAAGCUCCUGCUCUAAUCUAUCGCUGGGAUUACGGUGACCCCGGAAACCGCGAAAAAAUAUCCUAAGUUGCACGAGCAGAUAGCCAGAGAACUAGUGUUAAGGCUCCUUGUUCUCCUACAAAUUUCUCUUUCUGUCUCUAUAGAGAUCCUUUCCCUCAACAUCAACUGUAAAAGUGUAUCAGUUUUUAUAUGCAUCACAAUUUCGGAGUAAAAGCAAGAUCUUGACUUUUUUCCUUUCUUUCCGUCCCGCUCCUAACGACUCAAUUCUAAUGAAUUUGGGACAGGAACCCAACCCAAAAGCAAUAGGAACCACGUUUCCGGAUUCGGGAUUUAGUACUUAUAUUAAUGCUUCUUCUUCUUCUUCUUUUGAGUACUUAGUUAUAGCUUCUUGUCAUUCGGGAUGAUUGGUUUAGUAUCUUAUACAGCUUGUUAUUUCUUGUAGGUUCGGAGGUCGUUGGUAUACCUCCUCAGUCGCAAGAAUAUAGUUUGUUUCUUGUUCGUUUGACGAGUUUCUAUUUCUUUUGUCGGUGACUCUGACGCUCUGUCUUUUAUGGUGUAUUUACUGACUGAGUCACAAGCCUCGUCCUAUGAUUUCCUAGUUCCUUCUAUUUACUAGUCACAUUGUUCAUCUUAUAGACCACUCCUCUAUUUACUACUCUACAGUCCCUUUUUAUCAACAAAAAUAUAGUGUGCCUGUUGUGGUAUGAUAAUUUGUAGCUUCUCUCUUGUAGCACUACUUCUACUCGCUUUUGCGAACGCCAACCAUCUACGAAAUCGCCAGAAAACUUGUCCGCCGGCCCGAUCGCUCCCGAUGUUGGCUAGCUGUGGAAGGUGCGCCGGGUCUUGUGACGAGAGUGGAGAGUCGUUCCUACUGUGACGAGAGUCGUCUUGUUAAUUGUGACGAGCCUCGUCUUUAUUGUGACGAGAAUUCUCCUCACUCCUGUGGAGGGCGUCUACUUUGUCACUGUGGCGAGCAUUUUUUUUACUUCGGCGAGAAUUUUUUUUAACUGUGAUGGUUCUCGUUUUUAUUUUGACGAGCCUCCUCCAUUUUGUGACGAGCUUCGUUCUUACUGUGACGAGUGGCAGUCUUACUGUGACGGGCUUCGGCCUUACUGUGACGGGCCUCGGCCCUUUUGUGACGGGCUUCAACCUUUGGAGGGCGGGGAGGCGUCCCCAAAUGUGGCACUCUAGUGGUGUCAGGAUUCGAACAGGCUGACGAACUGGGCACGCGCUGACGAAUCCUCAGCCUUUCGAGCUGUGCAAAUCUUAACACCAGUAGAGCGCCCCCUGCCUCAUGAAAGAAAGCGCGAGCGCCUUAUCCGUUGGCGGCUCGCUCGAGGAGGUCAGGCGCCUGCGCCUUGAGGGUGUUUCUGCUGAGGGGGCACUCUAGUAGCGUUAAUAUUCGAACAGCGUGAAAGGCUGAUGGCUCGCCAGCGUGAGGCCCGUCACAGUAAGGCUGAAGCCCGUCACAGUAAAGACGAGACGCUUCACAGAAGAGACGAGACUCGCCACAGAAAAGACGAGGCUCGCCACAGUAAAAACGAGGGUCGUCACAUUUAGAGGGAGGCUCGCCACAGUGAAGAAAAUUCUCGCCACGGUGCGAGACUUGUCGCCACAGUAAAAAAAAACUCUCACCACAGUGAAAAGAAUUCUCGCCACAGUAGAAAAAAUGUGGCCACAGUAGAGACGAGGCUUCUCGUCACAGUAAAAAAAGACUAUCGCCACAGGACCUGCCCUGGCACAACUUCCACAAUGCAGUCAAAAGCCCCACAACUCAGGCACAGCCCCCACAACUCAGGCACAAACCCCACAACUCAGGCACAACUCCCGCAGCUGAGUAAUAAUAAAGCCCAGCCUUUUCCUAGAUGUUUGGCCUUGGUAAUGUUUAUUCAACAAAGAUGAAUCCUCCCAGCCGCGUGAUUCUCUUCUGUACAACCAGGACCCCGAAAUCGAGACGAUAACGUUUUCAAAGCCGCGGCAGAUCUUUUGUUAAGGAAGUAGUCACUUAUUAUCCGCAGUGCUCGUCAAUGCGCAGGGCUGGGGUGGGAGCUCUUCUAAUUCUCAAAAAGUAUAAAAAUUCCGAAUUCGCGAACUUGUUUUUGGGAAGACGGAAAUACUAGUAACUAAUUUUGAUGGUCAAGAAUAAGAAUAGCUUGGUCCGCGCUCGCUUUAUAAGUAUUUUGAAUGAUGCUGAUGGGGCGGUCAUCUAGUUUUACCCGAAGAUAUUGUAAAAAGAAUUGUUGUCGUCCUUGAAGCAACGUUCUUCACCCUAAACCUUGAAGGCUAAAGAACGUUGCUUAGAGGACGACGACCUUGCUUAGUUAUUCUUAACUCGUGAACCCCCCCUAAAUCUAAAUCUAAAUCUAAAUCCUGGCAACUACGUGGCUCUUCGUUCUUGGCUAAUUUUAUUACAACCUUGUCGUGUGUGAGAAGUGUUAGUUGUCCGAAACGUUUGUGGUAGUAGAACAUGAUGUCCUCCUCUUCCUCUAAUGCUGACUGGAGAGGAGGUAGUGAGAAUGGGAUGGGGAGCAGAUUAUCCCACGACUCGAAUCUUGUCAGUCGUGGGCUUGGCAAACCUGUGGCAUCCGGUGUUAAGGCUUCACUAGUAAGUACUUAAUUACUUGCUUCUUUUAGUUUAUCGAAUCUAGAAAUUAUUUUCUUCUCCGUUGUUAUUUGAAGAUGACCCGCCUUGUUUCCCUGGUUAGUUAUAAGCCUCCUGCGCUCCUACAUUUCAUUUCAAAGUUGUAGGGUUUCAACUAUGGAACAACCCCCCCACCUCUUGCAAGGGCAUCGAAUUAUAAAUGACUCACACUUGCCUCCCCUCGCACUAGACAAUACCUCACGAGCAGGCACUCAAGUGAGUGAAAGAGGAAAGUGGUUCUGCAUGUAGGGUAAGUAGAGCCCCCUCUAAGAAUGUUGCUCCCGCAAAAAUACUUUGAGGAUAAGCGCGACCCUUUCGAAAAAAUAAUGGAGCUUAAGGCAACAGAUAUGAUUUAUUUGUUCUGCAGAGUCGUAUGAGUGAAGACAAUUUAUUCUUUAUGUCAGUGAUAAAAAUAUGUUGACUAGUAAUCAUUCGUCGUCCUCGUCUGACUUAUUAUUGAUUAUCGUGUUUAUUUAUUUCAAGCACUGAUUUCAAGCACUACGUCUUUGAUUAUCGUAUUUUAUUAUUGCCAGUUUUUUACCUCCUCUCCUUUUCCUUACUCUAUCUUUCGUUCGAUUCCAGCAUUUGGAUUUUCUAGUCUGUUUGUCUUGCAUAUCAAUGACUCACUUUAAUACUACUCAUACUAACCAGCUUGUUCCUUAUUUCAAGCAGACUGAGUCGUUCUCUGCUUCAUCAAAGCUUAUUUUGAGAAGUUCUUGAGAGGAGCACUGCAAAAGCUUAUUUUGAGAUGUGACCUUCCACUACUUGAUGUUCUUGAGAGGAGCUCGUUCAAAUGAUCAGAUCAUCUGACUGGAAAAAGCAUAUCAAAAAUAUCAUCAGAUGAUUCUCUUCUACGACGAAGUAGAAGAUGCCAUAGUGCAGCUACUUGCUCUUCUAAGACAUACUGGUGGAGCGGGAUCCAAGUGAACACGAAUAAUCCGGAUGCAGAGGCUAUCCAGGUGCGUAUGAAGCAGGGAGCUCUCGAAAAACGAGGCAGCCUUCAGAAACAAGCACCACAAGAAGCUGCUCAUCCUCAGGCUCUAUGGAAGAUUUCAUUAUACCAGUCAGGCCAUCACUCUUUGAGGCGUCUCGUCCAUCAUGCUAAUAUUUUCAUUCCGUACAACACCAGUACCACUGCUACACUUGUUCUAGAUAUUUUCAGAAGUUCCAUCCUUCUUACUCAUAUACUUACUCUGAGAUGAACAUGUUGUUACGGUAAGCCUUAUUCUGAGAUGAACAUGUUCUUGUCACGGUAGGUCAAAAUAGUGUACUCGUCCGACCGUCUUCUAUUGUUCGCUCUUGCUCUGGGCGAAAAAUUCUAGAACUACAGCUACACGCAUCCUUCAUAACGGACAACGAAAAUAGUGGAAAUCGGUGAGGCGCUGAACUUUAUGGAAGAAGAUGACGAUGAUGAUGAUGAUCUAGUUGAAUGGUUCCGGUAUUUGGUAACCUGAAUUUGAUCAUAAGGAAGCAUCCACUAGUCUGGCUUUUUUUUUCUCCUAACAUCGAUCGAUCAUAAUUUUUUGGAUCCGUAGCCAUUUUGGCUCAAGGACUGUUAUAAGUUUUCCCCCUGAGUUGUCUCUGAGGUGUGCUGCAAAUCUAGAUUGGCUUCUUCCUUUACAUAUUAAGGUUGAGGCUUAGGCCCAGCGGCGCUCAAGGCACUAAAUAAAACAACCGGUGAGUGUUUACCUCUAGUAGCGUUUAGCCCACUUCCAACAAAAGACCUUAGUAACAGGUAGACUCAGGACUCGGACUCAUGAUUUUUCUACGCCAACAGAUGAUUGCAACUUUCAUGCAGGCGUUCCAUACGUACUUGCUACUUGGAGGCGCGGCAAUUAUGGCUUCUACCACUACAAUAUUAUUGUACUUACAUUUCAUCGUUAGUAGUAGAAAGACAGUUUCCUACUUUCUUUCUAGUAUCUGUUGUAGGUGCCCUUCGUACAUGCUGACUUACUCCCUGCAUACUCACGCCGGUGCAAUACUAGUAAGUUGUACCACACUGAUUACAUCCAUUCUUGCUACCACUACAUUGAAACUAAGAAAAAUGGCGUACUGCAUUCUAGCUAGUACCACAUUGGAAUUAAUUGCGGACAUUGUUCUAGUAGUUACCAGCACACUGAUUGCGUGGACGCUCUUCUAAACUAAUGUUGUACUUGUACCUACUACUUCCCCUAUCAUUAAUUGAUUGACUUUCUUCUAUCCUGGUGAGGGCUCUUUUCUGUUGUCGUGAGGGCUCUACUCAGUAAGGAGUAACUGGAAGGAGAAGAUAGUUAGAUACCGACAAUAAUUGCUACCAACUUGAUCUUCUUCUAUCGGGUCGAGCUCGUCGUUUCUGGUCCCACUAGAAAUGGGCUGCCAAGUACAUGAAUCAGAGCUGCCCCUCUAAGAAGGAGUUUUUUUUGAGGCGCCCCAGCGCGGCACAAAACGGUCGGCAAGGUAGUCCCUCUGGGGCUACGGACGCGAGGAGGCAACAGGCGAGCCAAAUCGUAAGCCUAAACGGUCAUCCGCAGGAGUGCAGUGCUGGAGGUGGAGGCCCGAAGGCAAAGGCCGUCUUUUUCCCUGAUGAUGAACAGGUGGGCAAGGCGCUGACGCACGCCAAUUUGUUAAGCACUGAAGCUAAAAAGUUCUGUAGUCUCUUCACAACAUAUACUCGCUGAGUGAAUGAAUGAAUACUCGCUGUCCAGAAGGUGGGAGUAGAGGGGGUGUUUACGGGUCAAAGAAAAUUGUAGUUGAAGAUAGAUAAAAGUUGGUAGUCCUUCUGCGGCUGCACAUGUUCGCUUGAUGAUGCAGGUCACACUGUGGGCGGCGAAUCACUUCCUAUCCUAAGCUAGCCUACUUUUUCUAUCUGUCCUCUUUACUAGUCCUUCCAUCACUUUCUUAUUUCUAUCGCUCUCCAUUCCUCGCCCGAGGAUGCAGGUCAAACUGUGGACGGCGAGUCAACUCCUAUCCUAUCCUAUCAUCUUCGUUCUAUCGACUUUGUUGAUGUUGUCACUUCAUUUUCAUAAAAUAGUAGAAGUUGUUUUUUGAAAUUCUACUUGCUGAACUUACCCCCCGAAUGGGUAAGCGACUACUACUACUAUUACUACUACUAAUUAUCCUACGACUCCUGGUACUGCCACUCCUCCUACUACUCUAAUUUUGAUGUCGAUUCGAGAGCAGCAUGUGAAUGCCCUCCACGCUCUGACACAGCUUUCCAGCACCAAGAACCUCCCACGAGAUUUCGUAUCUAAGAACCUGGCGGCCGCGGACUUUCUCUUUAAGGUUAGCAGCUCUUAGUCUUUUGAUUAAUCGCCGUCUAGUCCGCGCACAUUAUUAAGGCGCCCGCAAGGUUAAGCGUAACUAGAGAAUAUUUUUUCAUUUCAACUAUUUACUAUGACAAGAGUCUCGUAAAGAGUAAUUCAUCUUUGACUAUGACUGCGUCUCUGUUGUUGAAAACUUUUCAAAAGUAUACUUUUAUUCUGUUCUUGAUUGGCGUCCAUCUACGACAGAAUGGACAGAAGCGGCUGCGUCUGCAGCAAUUCCCUGCUUCGUCAUUCUAUUUGUGGGGGACUACUACAACUCACCUGUUUUCUGUCCUUAGAUCGCUACCAGAACGUGCGACCUUUCCACAGACUUUUGUUUUGAACAACGAUGCUCCGCGCGUAUUCUGGAUACACCUCGUGUGAGAACGAAGCAACGGCGCCCUAUCCUAUCAACAUAUCCUAUCCAGUACAGCCUCCCCAUAAUUAUAGUAGUAUACUUGCUUUAUUAAAGUUCCUCAAUACCCUGGUCCUCCAAAUUUGUUUUGAACGAUGCAGCAGCUAACUUUUUAAGCUACAAUGCGUGAAAGACAUGAAAUUAUUGAAGCUUUUGCAUUUAUUCAAGAUUUUGGUUUUGAAUUGCGGAGAGGGUUAUUUCUAAUCUUGCUGCUUGGACGACGGCGAACAAGGACGAACAGCAAUCGACCAAGAAUUCCAUGUCAUUUGCUCUUGUCAAGUUCUUUCUGUUUCAGGUAAGUAUUAAUUUCUAACUCUUGUAGUCUAAGUAUUUUUCAGAUUUGUAGUAAGUUGUUCAUUCCUCUUCCUUUAAUGAUCAGUCAGAAAUCUAGUCCAUCUUCCUUCUAGAGAAAUGAAGUGCUUUAUUUGUCUAAGGUCUACUACCAGAUUAUUCGUAGUUCGUUCCAUCUUGUUCAUCUCCCAAGAACAGGAAGAGGAAGAUUGAUGUAGAACAAGUUCUUGGAGGAAUGAUAUUCCCCCACCUUCUUCUUCGAUGAUGAUUGAUGUAGAAGUUCUUGGGGGAUAAAUUAUCACGUUGUUCGCCCUGCUGACGAUGACGAAGAUUUUUUAUCAUUUGUGUUCCAGGGCGCGGGGCGACGGCCCUCCCCGCUAGUACUACACGACGGCCCCUUUUUCAGGCUUCUGCCGGGGGGGAAGGCCUCAAAAAGGGGCCCAGUGGCCUCCCCCCUCCGCUCCCUUCCAGCUGCCUGGCUGUUCCCUAGGGGCCUCCGGUGGUGGUGGGAGGCUUCAAAACAAGGGGCCCAAGGGACCGCCUGCGCCCCCGUCCAGGUGCCUGCUUGUGCCCUAAGUGCAUCCGUUAGGCUUCGCCGCCGCAGCAGUGCACCGGGGCCGGCAGCGGGAGGCCCCCGAAGACGGCAAAAGGCGAGGGGCUGGCCCCCCGAGCCGUGCCGCCUGUACCCUCCGGGUCCUUGGUCAUCGGCUUGCCUGCUCUUGCGCCCGUGGCCGCCUCCGGCGGACUUUUACCCUGGAGGGCUCCCGCUUGCGAGGGUCAGCAGAGGCCAGGCGGCCCCUUGGGAACACGCUGAGGGGCCCAAGGAGAGGCCCGCGCCAAGUUUUGACGCCUUCCGCCACUAGAAUCCGCGGAAAAUCCGCGCGGAAAAGCGCGCGCGCGCCUCCACAGACCAGACCACAGGGGGGGGGCGCCUGGCCUUGGGUCAUAUAACUAUCUGCAUCUGCUCCCCGGGCUGGGGUGCCCCGGGAGACGUUUAAGAAGGGAAAAGAGACUCCUUCAGGGGCGUGGCCUUGCGUGAAUGUUUUCACAAGGUGAAACAAGCACCCGAAGGACGCGCACUCCCCUCCGCCUAGUGGUAGGCGGAAGCGGGAGGAGCAACAGGCAAGGCGGGGGCCGUCUUCGUGUGGUUUGUUGCUCUUCCCGCGAGGGUGCCCGAAGACGACAGCGAAAAAGAUGGGAACCCGCUCCCAAGAUGGUCGCAAGCGCCGGCGGGCAGUUCAGCCCGCAACAUUAUGGGCGCCACCUUUAACGCGUCGGCCAUGGUUGGCGCUGGGUGUUUGUGGUUUUUUCUUCUCUUCUCCUUUGGUCGUUCGUGGCUCCGUGCCCGAGCUACAGCGAACAACAGCCACGAAAACAAAGAAGCCGGAGGUCUGCGAGGGCUUCUUGCGAUGAUAGCGAGGAAAAGCCUGAGGGCUUGCCCCAGUCCCCGAGGAAGGUGAUAGAAACCGAGCGCCGGCGGGCAGUUAAAUACGCGACACCAUGGGCGCCAUUUUCAACGCGUUGGCCAUAGUCGGCGCGGGUGUUCUGGGUCUUUUCUCCUUCUCUUUCUCUGUCCCGCUCGCGGCCGUGCGUGUGAACUUCAGCGAACACCGAGGACAACCAAAACAGAAGAAACAAAACGGAAGCCCGCGAGGGCUGCGUGCUUGAAAGUGACAGCGAAGAAAGUGGGAACCUGUUCCCGCUGUGGUGCUGUUGCUGCUGUUGGUUGUUGUUGUCGUUGCUGUUGUUCUUGUUUCUCUUGUUGUUGUAGUUCUUGCUGUUGUCUUUGCAAUAGUCUUUGUAUAGUACUCUCGACGCCCUCGAUCGUAUUAGUGGUAGAACCUUUCUACACUCACAGAUAUUAUGCUUAGCCACCUUGGCUUACUCUAGUGCUGCCAUACUCCUCCGGCAUAGAGCGCUUACGCGGUUGCCCCUUAGUGCUCUAGCACUUAGUCGGAUUCAGAGGAGACAUCGCGCCGCUUGCCAUAUAGAGGGGACAACAAGGGAAGCGGGCUCUCGGUUCAGGGUUCAAAGGAGACACCGCGCCGCCUGCCAUCUAGAGGGGACAACAAGGAAAGCGGGCCUUCGGUUCAGGGUUUAGGAUUCAGAUGAGGCAUCGCGCCGCCUGCCAUAUAGAGGGAACACCAAGGGAGGCGGGUUCUCGGUUCAGGGUUCUGAAUUCAGAUGAGAAAUCGCGCCGCCUGCCAUGUAGAGGGAACGCCAAGGGAGGCGGGUUCUCGGUUCAGGGUUCAGGAUUCAGACGGGGCAUCGCGCCGCCUGCCAUAUCGAGGCGACAACAAGGGGGGAGCAGGUUUAGGGUUCAGGAUUCAAAUGAGACAUCGCGUCGCCUGCCAUAUAGAGGGAACACCAAGGGAAGCGGGUUCGCGGUUCAGGGUUCAGGAUUCAGAUGAGCCAUCGGGCCCCCUAUCAUAUACAUAGGGGAACGCGGUGGAACUUGCUGCAUUUUAGACGCUGCCUGAACAACUUUUACUUUAGAGCUUCCUUAUUCUCGUGGCUGCCAGAUUGUUGCUGUUGUGGUUGUUGUUGGGGCUGCUGUGGGGUUUGGUGCUGGGGCUGCUGUUGGGGCUGUUGCUGGGGGUGUUCUUGUAGUCGUCGUUGUGCUUUGUUGGUCUUUUAGUUUUCACCUGCUUAAAGGCAUCGCAAGAGCCUUUUAGCCUUCGCGCUAGAGGCGGCUGAGGGGUCCUUUCAUGUUCACCGUAAAGGCGCCCUAAGAGUCCUCUGGUGUUCACGUUAAAGGCCUCUACCUCUUAAGGGCCUCUUAGUGGUUCUUUAGUAUUCACAUUAAAAGCGGUGGCCCUUUAGAAGUGUUCACAUCGAUCAGGCAGCAUGCGUGGCGCGGUUCUUACUGUAUUUUAUAGAGGGCAUUUGACUUCGAUUAUAGCCGAGUGCUUCAGCUUGGAAACCUUCUGAAGAUUUUACGAGGAAAGCAGAAGAUCCCUCUCCUACCGUGACUCUGUAGGUGGGUUUUCGACAGGAUCGCAGAGAUUUGUCGAAUCUGUCGGUUUCGACUGCUGUCCACUUUCGUGCCCUGUUCAUUCAUAUCCUGCGCAAGAUGACGAAGAUUUUUUAUAUACAAACUGGAGACUUAACCCCCGGGGAUCCUAAAUCUACUGGUGAGUUAUACUUUUUAGUGCUGUGGCAGCACGGUAGGCUGGCUCGGCAGACCCAGGUCUUUGCCGGCGCCGGUCGUUGCACCUACGGCCCAUAAAUUUGCCACGGAGCGUGGCGGGAGGCCUUUACCUCCCCAGAGAGAGUUGCACACCAACGUCCGGGUGUCGUAACCCCUCUCGCGGCUCGGCCGGUGUUCGUGCACCGUCGCCCUACGAGUCAAUCAACCGGCACCCGCGAGGUUUCGGGUGCUCGCUCUUCGCGUCGGACGCUUUGGUCCGGGGCGCUUUGGCCCGGGUGCGCGGCUAAUCCCUCGGCAGUAGCAGGCGUUGUCCCCCCGCUGGGGGACAAGGUCACUUUGAACCUCCAGCCCGCGCUGUCGGCCUACUACCGGGGCUUGAGCUCCCGCUCAACCUCUGGUCUCGGUUUGACACGUGCCAGCGGUGAAUGGACCGCUCCGAGCCCUUAUCCUUUCCUCACCGGCACCUUCCUCCGGAGACCCCGACCAGGCUCCGGCUUCCUGGUGCGGACUUGAGUCGGCGGUCUGAGACUCGCGUCCGCCGUCGAGGGGUUACGGGGACGUGUGCCGGCCUUUGCACAGGUUUGCGUCAGGACCUCCCGCCGGCCAGCGCCCGCGUCGGUGGUGUGCCGGGGCGGCUGCCGCCCUCCACCGCGCUUGUCGCUCCCGUGGGAGGGACGAACUCCCGGAGCGACAGCGACAGCAGGGGCCGGCAGGCGUUCACAUAGUUCAGCCAGCCAUAGUCGGGCACCAGUGGACUGCUGAACCGUCUGCAGCCGUGGGAUGGUGUUGAUGAACAGUUUGUGCUUGCCGUGUCUGGUCAUGUAGUCCGCCAGGUUCCAUUCGGAUUUUAUGUAGACGUACCACGGUUUGACAUUGUUGUCGUACCAGUGAUUGACUACGUCUACUGCGGUGUUUGCCACCACCGCGGAUUUGCCACUACAUUUGAUGAAGUUGUAGAGUACUGGCGUGUUGUCGAUCAGCACUACGAGGUCGGAGUUGCUGGUCCAACUCGGUAGUUGCUUUGCGGCGAGGCCCACCGCGGCCGCCUCCAGUACCUCUAUCCUGGCGGUGGCCCAUCGGCCAUCCGUUAAUGGCUGCAUUUGGAUGAGGGUCUUCCCGCUGUGGUGGAUCAUGACGUAUCCUAGCGUUGGCUCGCCGUUCGGCCCGCCAUCUGUUGACGCGUCCGUGAACAGGAAGCUCAGAGGCUUCACGAUUUGUUCUAGCCUGAGUCUGAGCCUGUUCACCUUGUGGACCAUCUUCUCGAUGGCCGCAGUGGAGCGCAGGAGGGCUCUCCGUUGCCACCGCUGCUUCACCAACUUGUCGAAGGUGGCGUCUUCUGUCCAUGCGUAAAGAGAUCUCAUGAUCUCGUUUCCGGCUCUGUUUGCCGCGGACACGGUGAUGAAGUUUGCCAGUCCGAGCAGUCGCUGGACCACCUUUUUGUCCAACUGUCCUGUGUUCACUUUCUGCCGGAGCUCGUUUGCGACUUCCGCGACCUGCUGGAGCAUGUUGUCUGGCACCACAACAUCAAUUCCCGUUUUUGGGCUUGUGUCGUAGUGGAGGCCCAGUAUGCGCACAAUAGGGCUCUUUCUCGAGUCCUGCUGUGCUGUCGCUUUUGUCGCGAGCUCCAGCCCCAGGCAGUCGCAGAGAGCUUCGUAUGCCUCUAUUGCCUCAUCCGCUCCCUCUUCGAGGCUGAGGAUGAUGGCGUCGUCGAUGUAGAUUGGCACUACUGUGUGCCCGAGCGUGGCCAUUAUUUUCAUGACCAGCUCCGCCACUCUACACCAGCUGCUGACGCUGAACUUGUUCCCCAUGUUCAGUAUCGCCGCGAGGAACAUGCGGUAGCGCCCCUGGGUGUCGUCCCAGACUCCAACCGGGUUUUCCUCCGGGUGUUUUACCCCUACCUGGUAGUAGGCCUUGCUCCAGUCUCGGAGUGCGAUGCAAGGCUUUCUACCUGCCGGGCGGGUCUUCAUCCUCUCCUCGUUGAGGAGCCUCACCUGCUCGCCGAGUUGGCGGUGCUCGUCGGUGGUUGUGGCUUCGCUUGCGCUUGUUUUUGCGCGGAAGUCUGCGACCUCUUUAGCCACCUGGCCGCAGAUAUCCGUGGUGAACUGUGUCACCGGUGCGUGGAGGGUGAGGCCCUCUGCGCCUGCAGGCGCCAUGUAGCUUUUUACAAUCUCCAGGACCGUUCGCGUCCCGUGGAGCCUCACCUUUUCCGACAUUUUUGAGAAGUCGUUUUUCCACCGCUCGUCGAUUAUCACGCGAACCUUCUCUGGUUCGACCUUUGGGAAGGCGUACGCCGGCAUGACCUUGAGGUCCUCUGGAUUGAUCUCUUUGUAUCUGCCCAGCUGGACGUCUGCCUCAAUGUUUUUGAGGACUUGCCGAAGGGCUUCCUCUGGGAAACCCUUCGGAGGCGCAUCCCGGAUUUUUACCGCGGUGCUAUAGAAUUCUUUGAGGUCCUUUGCCUCCGCGGCAUUGACGUCUGCCUUCCAAAGGCCAGUACUCUUGUACUCCCCUAUUGUUUGAAAUCCAUGGAGGAUGUCGUCCGGUAGCGACGUGUCCGGAUGGCCCGUCAAUGCGAUGAGUUUUCUCAUUGCGAUGACGUUCCUUGUUUUGGUUGUCUGUAGCACCCUUUUUAGGUGCUCUGGCGCCGUAGCGUUUAUCAAGUCUGCAUUUGCUUGCUCCGUCUGCGUCUUCAGACGUCUGAACAAGGCGGUGGCUUGUUUUCUUCGUUUGGCUACCGCUGCCGGCUGUAGCUUCUCGGCAGCUAUCAGUUGUUCCCACUCGAGUGGUAGCUUUUGGCCGUAGGUCUCGAAGUGUAGUUGUGCUCGGACCCGAUUGACGAAGUUGCAGACCGCGUCAUGGAGCUCGCGGCGGUCGUUGCCGUGCUCCAUUUCUGCUUGGCUGACGUGUAGUGGCGUGGCAGUCGUCAUUUUUUGUGACUAGGCUUGGUUGGCCCCUGGGAGGAUUUUUUGUCGACUGUCGUCCAGGAACCUUCCAGAGAGCGUAUCUUUUCUCUCACCUAAGUUAACUCACCAGUUAGUAUAAUCACUUCCCCCGCAAGCUCCUCCAGUGCAUAUACAAACUGGAGACUUAACCCCCGGGGAUCCUAAAUCUACUGGUGAGUUAUACUUUUUAGUGCUGUGGCAGCACGGUAGGCUGGCUCGGCAGACCCAGGUCUUUGCCGGCGCCGGUCGUUGCACCUACGGCCCAUAAAUUUGCCACGGAGCGUGGCGGGAGGCCUUUACCUCCCCAGAGAGAGUUGCACACCAACGUCCGGGUGUCGUAACCCCUCUCGCGGCUCGGCCGGUGUUCGUGCACCGUCGCCCUACGAGUCAAUCAACCGGCACCCGCGAGGUUUCGGGUGCUCGCUCUUCGCGUCGGACGCUUUGGUCCGGGGCGCUUUGGCCCGGGUGCGCGGCUAAUCCCUCGGCAGUAGCAGGCGUUGUCCCCCCGCUGGGGGACAAGGUCACUUUGAACCUCCAGCCCUUUGGGCCAUCCUUUCUCGACGCCUCCUUGGUGCGCCUUCCAUCCUUUUCCCGACGACUGGAGGUUCAGAACCGCCAGGUGCGUACGUUUUUUGUACCCGGUACUGCUUUGAGUGCCCCUGAGCCGCUGCUACUGGCGCUCUUUGGCGCUAGGGCCGUCACCUUUUUGGUAACGGUAUUCUGUUGAAUCCGCCCUUACUUCUGUAGCUUCUGCUUGGGGGUGAUCUUGAUCGUCCGCUUGACCAAGGUGUCCUCUUGGACCGCCUUGGGCUGCACGAAGACGCGCGGGGGUGGACCCCCCCCCGAGGGCCACCGCCUGCGCAAUCCGUGCAGCGGGAUGAAUUCAGAGGCCUCCCACGUUUUGUGGUCGGCUGUGUACUCGUCCCACAUUUUGCUGGACUGUUCCCAGCCCAUGUGGGUGAGGAAUUCAUCCUCCUUCACGGCGAUUUUCCCUUGCUCCCACUCGCGUCGCGUUGCCAAUGCGAGUCCUCUCCUGCAGCUGUGCAGCGUGCCGCUAAUUCCCUUCCCCUUCUCUUCCGGUACCCCCGGAAGCCCGCCCUUUUCGCGCUCCUCUUAGUGAGCUGCGUCUAGGUGUGGGGUCGCCACAGACUACCCCCUGGGCGAUUGAUGGUUGGAGCCGUUGGCGAUGCUCCGUAAAACAGCCCCCCUCCCUUAGUAGUUAACCCCCCGCAGUAGCCCCAGUAGUUGUAGUAGCUUUCGUGCCGCUGAAGCUCUUCGCCCUCGUCGUCUUCUUCUUCAGGCUCCCAAUGGCUGCAGCUGGGACAUCCUCCCACUUUGCGCCGCGGGGUCUCUGGUCUGGCUUCUUUGGAGAACUUAAGUUGAGGCAAAUGGUGUCCCCAUCUGCCGUGUAGGUAUCCCCUGCUCUACCGGGGGGGCAGACUAAAGAUUAGCGCCUGGGGGUCUUGCCAGGGUGGUUUUCUGGCGCCGCUUUAGUCUGUUGGUGUCCCUCAUAGUUAUUAGUAGUGCCUGCGGCUGCGGUGUGGAUGUGGUGCUUUUGGUUGCGGAGCGGAUGGCGCUACGCUGCUUGGGGUUUUAGCGCCUCUAGUUGGCUGCUCUCCCCCGUUAAGGCUUUUCUGGAGUUAUGGCUGUUGGCGUGGUAAUACGUAUAGCGCGACUGCGAGCGUCAUUGCUCCAUGUUGCUGCUUUCGUAUAAGUUGGGUGACACUACUGCUGAGCAUCAGGCAGUGCCUUGGCUUGCGUGCGGGUCUUGGCUUUUCUUCCUAUAGCGACAGACGGAUAGGCACUACUGCUGAGUAUCAGGCAGUGCUAUUAGUCUUCGGGCUGUAGCUGUUGGCAAAAAACAUGGAUAGGCACUACUGCUGAGUAUCAGGCAGUGCUAUUAGUCUUCGGGCUGUAGCUGUUGGCAAAAAAAAUGGAUAGGCACUACUGCUGAGUAUCAGGCAGUCCUGAGAAGCCCUAGGUCAUAGUAAGCAUCUGAUUCCCUCCGGGUGGACGGGGUGCGACCUUUGGUCUUGUUUGGUUCGCUUUGGUGUCACUGUUUCAGGGCCCAUAUGCCUGCCUUCUUGACUGUAGUGGUGGAUCGACUAUGUUUCUCCCUUCGCCAAGCUACUUAUCCUGGCCUUUCCUAAUGGGAAAUCAGAUCUCAUAACAGCGCCUUCGCCGUGCAUCGGGCAAAAGCGACUUCGUGCACCAGCUGUUUUUGCGUUGGUGUCGCAAUUGCAGUGGAUUUCUAUUAUCCUACCGCGUUGUUUGCGGAUUUUGUCUUCGGAUAUGUGGAUGCGCCACACGUCUCCUUUUUUGGAGAUGUCCGUGUCGUCCACCGCCGCGAUGCUGUCGCCCCGCAAUCCCGAUAGCGCCCAAAGGAGGACCAUUUUUUGGUCUUUUGCCUUUAGCGCCUCGAGCUUCGUACCCGGUAGGAAAGGCUUUGCUUUCCUCGGGUUGUGGUCUUGGAUUGUUCGUUCAAUUGCCUUUUCCACGUCCCCGAUGUUUCGGAGAAUGGCGGGGCUUUCGACUAGCCGCUGCGGGCCAUCCGCGGGUGGCGGUUCUACCAGCCACAUGAUGAUGCUGGAUGUGUACUGCGCGACUGAGGUGUAUUCAUUGAACACUAGGAAGGCGGCGAAUCUUUGCACCGCCUCCGGCCUCACGGGUAGCUUUUCACCCUUGGCCGCUAGCCAGUCGAGGAAGAAGGCGACUCGCGACUUUUUGUUUCUAGUCGUGGAGUCGGCUUCUCCCAUGGCGCGCAGCUCGUCGUCGUUUAGAUCGACAGCUUUGCGCAGUGCGUCCGCCCGCUUCGACAUUUAUUUAAUGUUACUUUUUUAUUUAUCUCUCGCUGUUGUUCCCUCUAACGUUCUUUUUAGUUUUUAUUUAGUUAGUUUGUUCUCUCGUCCUUACUUACUUUUUUGUCUAGGCUGGUUCGUGCGGCUGCUUAGGCGAACCUCCACCAUGGAUCUUGGCCUCCUGCCGUAUCUCAUGAAGUGGUCUCCCCAGCCUAGCUUCUUUACUUACUCGUAACUCCUUCCCACUCUGUUUUCCCUCUUUUUAGCUUGACGAGAUGUAACACGUCACUCCCUCGAACACUGCGCCGCCGCCGCCGCGUUUUCCCUUUCGGCCACCAGUCGUCACUGGUGGUUUGAUUUGUUUCCUCCCUCUCAACUAGAGUGUUUUUUACUCUGUCAAAAAGGACGAAUUUAUUGUUCCGCCACUAACUUAAUAAUGGUCCGGUGCCCCUGGUAAUUUGACCAGAGGGCUUAUGGCGAAUGCUUUUGCAUUCUGUUUUUCGAGGAUUUGUUGUCCUCGAGGCCGGUAGCCUUUUUCUUCCAGCUAGUCGCGUUCUAGCUUGUGCGUGGCUCCUUCCACCACACCGCGAGGGAGCGUUUGCUCCCAACGUGCUCCUUCACGUCUCUCCCCAGGAGGAUUUUUCCCUCCAUCACUCUCGAUUUAUCGGCGUCGAUCGCGUGAGCGGCUGUUUUUGCGCUCGUUCGAUCGCUUCGAUUUGUUGCGGCCACGAUUGUCUUUUUCGCGACUGUCGUUGCGAUGCCGUUGUCCCAGCGGAACCGCGUUUGCGUCGCUUCGCUGGGGUCCUUUCGGUUGGCGGCGUGUUCGGCCGUUUUUGGCCUUCAUCGCCUUCAUCGGCUGGACUUUCGGUUUUACGAAGUCUUUCGGGUGGCGGAUUGCUUCCUUGUCCUUCGCUGCCGCUCGUUUUGCCGCUGUGCCGGUUGGCUGCUGGUUGAUGUUUCGCCCUGCCAACCGGGCCGAGAAGAGGACUUCGGCCAGCUCUUUUUGCGAGCGGAUCACUUCUGCCCACGUUCUCUUGGCGAUAGUGAUGUCUGGGGGAGGACGGUUGCGGUCGAUGAGGUGGUGGUGUGUGCAUUCCAGGUGUUGAGCGUCGUUGCGACAGCCUGACUGCACCGCAUGCGCUUUGUGCGCGUGGAACCAGUGGCAUACCGCCGGCGGAAGCAUGAGUCCCAUAUUUUUCAGGGACUUCAAUGCGGACGGCUCCACUAAGCCGGUUUGAGGGAAGUACACGUAGUAUGUGGUGCGUGUUCCUCCCUUCGCGUUUCGGCGCUCGGCUAGCACCACGUCGACACGUUUGUCGAGGCGGCGGUUGUGGACUGGGUCCAUGGCCGGGUUGAAAUCUGUUUUUUCCAGAUCCAAACUCUCCAACCAAGUGUCGCUCGGCAUGGUUGUGCCCGUGUCGUCGUCCCCGCCGCUGUCGGCGUCGCUGCCGAACGGGUUUUGCGGGCCUUCGCUCGCCGAUCGCUCUCGCGAUUCGCUGCGGCGGCGGCUGUGGCUACGAGAGCGCAGUGUGACUGUCACACGUUCGCUUCUCGGCUUGCCUAAGCUCGCCUCGGCGUCUCGCAUGGAGAACAUUUCAUUUUUGAUUUCCUCCAUGUUCUCCUUGAAGAACGCUUUUUGGACGGGCGGUUUGAUUUUUCCCCCGUCUUCCUCGUCCGUGUAGCGCGCCUCGUCGAUGAGGUGGAGACCGAAGUGGUUGUACCAGGCCAGCAGGUUGAACAUGUAUCUGUUCACCAGCCCGGUCUCCCAGCGCUUCAUCUUCUGCUGGAGCGCGUCGAGGCUGCGGGAGCCUUCCUUCAUGAAUCCCAAGAACACCAUCAUUUUUUUGAUGGCGAUUUCUGGGAAGUUCUCGUUGAACUCGGUCAUGAAGUCGAAGGGCUGCAGGUCGGUGGCGCCGUUGAUGGCGCUUUCCACGCGGCGCAGCGUCUCCCAGCACUGGUCCAGGUUGCAUCUGUCCCAGUAGUCAGCCGGGACGCUGGCGACGACCUGUUUCCGGACCAGGUUCUGGAACGCGCUGUUUGUGCGCUGCAGGUUGUCUCCGUUAAAGCCUGCGAUGGCGCAGUUUGAGACCUUGGGUUGGUUUUUUCCCACCUGGGCUUCGCCCCAGAUGCCUGCGGCCGCGUAUGCUCCGAAGAGCAGCGCCAGCGCCUUUUGGUUGAGGCGUUGGCCUGCCGUCGUGUUCAGGACGCUGUUUUCGUCCACGUCGAAAACGGAGCGGAGGCCGUGCUUUUCCACGUGUUUUAAUAACGCGGUGAGCACGUGGUUCGCCUGCUUAGAGGCUUUUUCUCCGUUCGUGAAGAAGCAGUUUUUAUACUGCUCCUGUGCGUCUGCGACUUCCUCGCCCGGAGUUAAGACGGAAGGCCAGACGACUUUCACCUCUGUUUUCUUCUCGACGCCGUUUACGCGUCGGUAGACGAAGAAUUUUUCUCCUUCGCUAGCCGGGCGCGUGUCGUCAUAGGAGAGGAUUUUGUCCUCUCCGCUGCUGUUCAAAGCCGUUGCGAUGGCCUUUGCGGUCUUCUUCGCGAACGUUUUGAACAGAGCUGCCGUCUCCGGCGGCUCCUCGGAGGACUCUUCGCUUUUGUCGGCGAAGUCCACGGAGUCCUCCUCCUCUUUCUUUUUGGCUUCGAGCUCCGCCUUGCGCUGCUUCUCCUCUUCUUCGAGGAGCUUUCGGUCCUCCUCCUCGUGCGCCUUGCGGACCGACGUCCACGGCGUCUUGGCCGGCUUCGCGUCCCAGUCGUUGAGCACCUCUUUGUUGGUGCGCUCGAUCAGGUAGCGGACUAUCACCUCCUUUUUGGCGGUCUGCGCCGGGACUUCCGCCAGGUUCAGCUGCGGGUUUUCCUCCCGAAACUUUCGUUUUUCGGCGAGCUUCGCGCCGGCUUCAAAAGUCUCUUUUUUAAUCAGAGACUUCGAGGCCCAGGGUUCGGCCGUUAGUUCCUCGUGGUAUGCGCCCAACCACAAGUGGAACCACAUCAAGGUGGUGCCCUGUUCGGUUAGGGUUCCACCUUCCCCCACGAAGCGCGGGUCCUCCAGGUCUUUUUUGACCGUGUCGAUGAAUUCCGUUUCCGGAAGUUCACCGACCAUCUGUCGGAGUGCUGCAAUCCAGUCCUGGAUGUUUGCGCAGAAGAUGAGUUUAUCCUCAUACUGCGUCUUCUCCUCCAGCUGCUUUUGCAGCGCCUCCAUGGCCUCCGCCAUGGAGGGGUGAAACAGUGAUCCGUCGAUCAGUUUCAGAAGGGCUUUGCCCUUCUCGUCGACGUCCUCGCUCCCCACAGGAUUUUUGCCUGUGUGGAUGACGAGGUCUCCGACGCUUUUCAGGGAGGUCAUUUUGUUUUUUGUUUUGCUGAAAACCAGAGUGCGGGGGCACUACUAGUCACUAGUUUCUAGAUUGCGAUUAUACGCGCACAGAAAGUCCCUGGAUUUUUGGGAAAAAGAAAAGUUUUUUGACCUGCCCAAGCUAGCUUUCAGCUUGAGGUUACGAAAAUGUGCUGCCACAAGCGCCAAACCCUCGCGGCGAUUUUUGCCCCGCGAGGGGAUGGCGCGCCGCGCGCGCGGCGGAACUCGAUUUUUACGAGCUCCCCAGCACCCCCCACUGGGCGCCACGCGCCUGCCCACCGCACCGCCGGAGGGCGCGUUGGCCCUCCCGCGGCCUACGCACGAGCGCUUUGGCCCGUGCGCCGGCAGCCCGCUCCGCUCCGCUCCGCUCUGCUCCGCUCUGCAUGUGAACUCCGCCCCGUGGGUGUAGCAUUAACGCUCUCACCCGACCGCACCCGAGCCUCCGCGGAGGCGCGAACCGUGGUUCGCCUUCGCCGAGAUGCGCCAUUGCAUCGACCGGCGGCGUCGCGCGUGAGUGCAUUUUUUGCACCGCACACGACGGGGUUCGCGGGGCCCGUUGCCCCCAACCCUCUCCCUAGUUGGUCCCUCAGCCGACAUUUUUUGUCGACUGUCGUCCAGGAACCUUCCAGAGAGCGUAUCUUUUCUCUCACCUAAGUUAACUCACCAGUUAGUAUAAUCACUUCCCCCGCAAGCUCCUCCAGUGCAUAAAUAUGUGACGAGGGUCAGGAUGCUCCGGCCUGGUUGUAGUAGUUGUACAUUGACAGGCGCCAGGAGCCGAGCUUCAUCCGUGAAACUUUCUGACCCGGGAGGCUCCUGUCACUGACCGAAGACGGGAGGCUUCUGGCUGGGACUUCCUCUGGGUUUUUUCCUUGUAGGUCUGCAGAGCACAGGGGCGUGGCGGGGCUGGCCUUCACAAGAUGACGAAUAUUUUCUAUCAAGCUGUAGAAAGCAACCUAUCGAUCUCAGUUUUUAUUCGCAAUUUCUUUCAGGUGACGGCACCGGCAGGGCGGAGAAGCUCGGCAUCCUCCUUUUUGUCAUACAACCCGGCGGAAGAGGAAGAAAGUACGUGGCCCAUUACAUCAAGAACAUGGAUGAGCCUGCCCUCCUUUUUCUCGGAGGGAACUGGAUCUGCAACACCACCUGGGCUCAGCUCGUCGUCAUUCCUGUCAACACAUCACGAGACACGACCGCCACGAGGACAGCCAAAAAGUGCGCUGCUGGCGAUGGUAAAGCCGGUGCCAUCUGGUUCAGGACCAAAACGAGCGCCUUUAAGAACUACAAAUUCAAAGCUACUUUAUCGCUAUCUUCCCAUCUUUGCCUUUUUUGGUUUCUUUCCUAGCUUGUUAGACGAGCACUAUCAUCCCAUUCGCCCCACGUGGAGUAUGCUGAGAAGAGUUGUCUCCCAUGCAUGAUUUCACAGGUUGAAAUGUGGGAAGCCUUUCUAGAACAAGAGCAAGAGGCAACUUACUCAGCCAGCCAUAGUGAAAAACUACUAGCGUUAACAAAAAAAGCAGCAGCAGCAGCAAAACCAGUAGAAAAGCCAAGAGGAGAGACUGGACAAAGCAGUAACGAAGCAGGCAUUUACUUCGACAUCCUGAAUACUUAAGGAAGAACUUGUUUUCACGAUGUCAACUUAGUAUUUUCAACUUAAUAAGUAGAAAGAAGAUAUAAGAGAUAUAAUACGGCAGUGAAAUAACUUUCAGUUACUUAAUAAGUAGAAAGAAGAUAUAAUAGAUAUAAUACGACAGUGAAAUAACUUUCAGUUAUGUCGCUGUAAAGUUGAGAAUCUGUAGUUGUCGUAAGAACCUGUAGUUGACUGACCGUUACGGAUCAUCUCAAUUUACCUUCGCAAGGAUAUAAUCGUAAGAACCUGUUGUAGUUGUAGUACUAGUAGUAGGAGGAGUAGCAGUAAUAGUAGUAGUCGUCGUCGUAGUAGGUAGUACUAGUAGUCGUAGUAGUUGCGUCCUCAACAGUAGCACUACUUUCAACUUAUAAGAAGCAGAAACUGAUGAAACUCAAGACUGUAUCAUCUCACGUGGUCAUACUCAUUAUAAGUUGACUCGGUAGUAGUAGGGUCUUCCUUCUCCUUGCUCAUUCGUUUGACAACUCGUAUCUACUUCACAAGACCAGUUGUGACCUCCAUCUGCAUAUCAAGAUCUUCUUUCUAAAGACAACAAUCGGUUGGCCAGCUGGGCUACAGAGAUAGCCUUUGGCGGUUCGGGUGCAUCUUCUCCAAAGAUCCGCAUACGCUUGAUUCCCAGCGGGUAACUCAAGUGGCGCUUCUCUUCAUGUUAAGACUCAUCUCUUCAUUUCAAGAUCAACAUCCAUACAAGUAGAAAGUAGUGCACGAAUACUACCCGUAAGUCGUUUUUCUUUGUUUUGGCUCUUCAGUAGCCACUGAAGUCUGCUGGUUUAUCUAGUGGACCAACAUCUACCACAUCGGAUGGUAGGCCCCAACCUAACCUAACCUAACAUGACGCCCUCUCUGGACAAGACAGAGAGGAUCGCUCCCGUCUGGUUACCUAGUCAGAGAUACAAACAUCCUAGAGAUCAUGUAGAUGUACUUCUUGUAUCUACUAUCACUCGAUUCUUAGCUUAUCCCGCCAUGCAAUACUUCUAUCUACUAUCAUCUUAAGAUGGAGGAUGUGCUUAAUAUCUUAAGAUGCAGGAUUUUCAGAUCUUAAGAUGGAGGAUGUCUCAUCUAUAGGAACAAGAUGUACUGCCUAAGUAAUAAUAUCUGAAGUUUAUGAUUAUGCCUCAAGGCCCCCUCGCUAAUCAUAGCAGAUUUCAUGACCUGUUUUGAAGGUCAUCCGAAGAAGUCAGGGACGGAGGACAACAUCCAUUAAGAGAAGAUCGGAUGACUUCUAAAUGUCAAGUACAACAACUUCUCCUACAAUGUGAUGUGUACUAGAACCUGUAGGUGUACUUCAGCCAGCACAUAAUUACGGAAGUUAUUUCAAUCAGUUUAUCGAAUAUGUCAUCACGACGUAGCCCUUGGUCCUCUACUUGUUCACAUGAUGGACGAGGUACUACAAGAACAACAAUUACGUGGUCUAUACGAGAAGGCUUAGAUGAUUGAGUAGCUGAACUCGACUCCCUGUAGUUUUUAUUACUAGAGAACGAAACUACUAGAAAAAUAUGCUCUUCUACAACUCGACGAGUCAAGUACAACCAAGUGAUAUCAAGCGAUGAAUACAUCACUGACUUACACCAGGUCGUCUCUUCUAAAGUGAUGUCGCAUUUGCGGAUUUGGUUAAGACUGCCAGACACACAGACGACAGCGAAGAAAAAUCAAUCCACGAGUUUUAUUAA